UAAGUACGCAAAACAACAGCUAAAACUGCACUGGUCACAUCACACUUAUAACGCGUUAGCACACUGUUUCGGUAUUUUAGCAUUUAGCGUUAACCACAAUGGCGAAUACAUCAAGUACCGGCGUUGUGGUGCCACGAAAUUUCCGCUUACUGGAGGAGCUGGAUCAGGGCCAGAAGGGCGUGGGCGAUGGCACCAUAUCGUGGGGAUUGGAGAACGACGACGACAUGACGCUUACCUACUGGAUCGGCAUGAUCAUCGGUCCGCCUAGAACACCAUUCGAGAAUCGAAUGUAUUCACUAAAGAUCGAGUGCGGCGAACGCUACCCGGAUGAGCCACCAACACUCAGGUUUAUAACUAAAGUAAACAUAAACUGCAUUAAUCAGAACAAUGGCGUGGUUGAUCAUAGAUCAGUUCAGAUGUUGGCCAGGUGGAGUCGCGAGUACAAUAUAAAAACGAUGCUGCAGGAAAUCCGUAGGAUUAUGACCAUGAAAGAGAACCUGAAGCUGGCACAGCCGCCAGAAGGAAGCUGUUUUUAGUCGACAACAUCCGUUAGCAACACCAGCAGCAGCUGCACCAGCAACGACUGCAACUUGAGCGGGAGCAGCAUCCACACCAAACAGUAAAAGCAGGAAAACCCCAUCAGUCCAAAAGUCCAAGACCAAGGUCGCCACAUUAGUGGAAUGAAGAGAUUGUCUGUGGUGGCUGCUCCUCCGAGUUGCUUUCGCCGGCAGCGAAUGAUUAUUAAUGAACGUAAUAAAGAUCGAGUGCGGUUAUUGUGGCAAGAACAACAACCAAAUGCAAGCUAUAUACUAUAAGUAAAGGGAACAGCGGCGAAAAAUGCGAUAGGAGCGUCACUAUGAAAACGGUCAUCGUCGUCCCUUCCGUCAUGAACUAUGUCAUCGUGUUUGGUUACUUUACUUCUACUUCAGUCCCAACAAAACAAAAACUAAAAAAAAAAAUAAGGAAACUUCUUGAAUAAGAAAUAAAACAGCAGCGAGCGAAACAAGUAAAAAUGCCUGAGAGAUUCGAAAACUCAGAAUAUUAUUUCAACCCUUCAAACAACAAGCAACAAAUUCGUAAACUAAUCGAACAGAAAAGUAAUGCAUAACAAUGAUAAAGAUAAAUUAAGAUCACAGCAUGAGAGCCGAGCGUAAUUAUUGUUUUUUGCGUAAACUAAAACUUUAUUAAUUAUAUACAUAAAGCAAAAUAUAUAUUAAUUUAAAUAAAAACCAACAUGUCGAACAGAA